AUGGUAGAGCCUCUCGUGUGGCCCACACCUCCUCCGGAGGCUGUUACGGAGGCCAAUAGGGAGUACGCCGAGAGUUCUAGCAGGGAUUCCGUCACGGACCAGAGUGAGAACGACGCAUCGCCUUCUGAGACGCAGAGGAGGACUUUCAACCUGUUCCACUACAUCAAUUAUCCCCCUCUGCGCAACUCCAUCGCCCAGCCCGAGGGUAACCCAGAAGACCCCGAAUUUCGACGCAUGGUCUCCAAUCGCAAUUAUUUAAUACGGAUUCUGGUCUACAUUCACCUAUGCAGUGCACUGAUUGUCUGCGGGCUGAUGGUCUUAACUGUAGUGGGUUACGAGAUCCGUAUGUAUGAGGAGCAACGUCAUCCGUCGCACUGCUUGAUACUCUUCUGGCUCAUACGCACGCUCCUCAAUGUAUGCCUUAACGUGUGGUCAAUUCGUUAUCAUAUUCUCCACAUGUCGCGCCGCAGAGUGUUCAACUGCUGCAGGAAAAUUUACGAUCUGGGAUCUAUUGUAUGGGUGGGUUUCGCGGUGUACUACAACAUGAUUUACCCGAGAGAGAAUUUGUGGUCUGCGUCGUGUAGGUUGUGCUUCUUUAUGAUUUGGCUUACAAUAGCGAGCUACAUCACCCCCAUUAUGGCCUUCGACUUGUUCUCUCUUAUACUAUGCCCGGUGGUAUUCUGCGCGCUGCGCUACAGGGAGCAGGGCAGCUUGUCGCCUGGUUUGCCAAGGAAGCUGCUGGCAAAGCUGGACGUUGAUAAGUUCGAAAACGUAGCAGAACGCAUUAAGAGAGGAGAGACCAAGGCAGCGUACCCAGGCAAUACGCCCGCCGAGACCCCCUGUACGGAUAAUACCGGGGAUACGGCAGUAUCGAUUUCAAGCGAUGAGGCUGAACACACCGAAGAAGUGAGCGACACACGCACACACAGAUCUGAAGCCACCAACGCUAUGACCGUCCUCGACAGGCUUUGUGCCAUAUGUAUUAUGGAAAUCGACGAUCGCGAGAAGAUUUACGUGAUGCCAUGUGACAUACGGCACCUGUUCCACCGCGAUUGCCUCAAGAAAUGGUUUAAACGGAGUCGCAUAUGCCCAAUAUGCCGGAUCAACGUGGCCGAUAUCAUCAGAAACGACCGCGAGAAACAGCUAUUGUUUACCACAGUAUCAUAG